AUGGUGCUGCUGUCCGGGCACGGCGAGCAGCUGCCCGGGGAGCGCGUCUGCCCCGCGCCCGCCGCCGCUAAGGAGAUGCCCGGCGCCGAGGCGGAGAGCAGCCCCGAGCAGGGGGCGGCGGAGGCUGCCGCCCAGGAGCCGGACGAAGAGGAGGAAGAGGAUUGCGAGGAGUACGAGGACUUUUCCGAGCUGCCCGACACCUGCAGCAUCGCCUCAGACGACUCCUUCUACCCUCCCGCGGGGCUGGACGACGACGACGUCUGGUCCCUGGAGGGGGACGAGCGCGACAGCCCCGAGGCGCUCAGCCUCUUCCGAGCCUGCUGCACCAACAACAGCAUCGUGCUGAAGGCGCUCAUCCGCCAAGGCCCCCAAGAAGAGGAGGUGCGGGAGGCCGACCGCAACCGCAGGAACGGUCUUAUCAUUGCCUGUUACCAAGGUUAUGUGGAUAUUGUAAUAGCCUUAGCACAAUGCCCUCACCUUGAUGUGAACUGGCAGGACAACGAGGGGAACACUGCUCUAAUUACAGCUGCACAGGCAGGGCACAUAACCAUUACAAACUAUUUGUUGAACUAUUUUCCUGGGCUUGAUAUUGAGAAGAGGAAUGCGUUUGGAUUCACUGCCCUGAUGAAAUCUGCAAUGCAGGGGCGAACAGAAUGUGUGAAAGCCUUGAUGAUGGCAGGGGCAAAUGUUCAUGCAACUGACCCAAGCCGUGGAUUGACUUCAUGGGAAUGGGCUUGUUUCACAGGAAGAUCAGAGUCUGCCUUCAUCAUGCAGAAGCUGAUGGACAGGCCAUGCCCAGAACAGUUUUCUGAUCAAUAUAAACCAGAAUGGCCAAAAAUGAAGGAACUUCUUGCCAAGGCUGCAGAGCCAAAAAGCUGUUUGCAGAAAAUUUCUGAGUGCGUAAGGGCAGCUGUCUCGUUCCAGUCUUUCUAUGGCCCAGAAGAGGAUGGGGUCCUCGACCACAUGGUGAAGGUGACAACAAGCUUAGGAAGUCCCUUCAUUGCUCUGGGGUGCCGGACUGUGUGCCCAGGCAGCCCACCUUGUGUGGGGAAACGCAGACUGGCAGUGCAGGAAAUCCUUAGGAAGCAGAGAGCAGAGGAGAUCCGAUCUCAGGACAAAGAUCUUGUUAGCAGCUACGAGAAGCUCUUUCAGAACUCCAAAGUCACAGUGGUCCCCAAGAAGAAGGAGCGUCGAGCCAGCUUGCAGCCCAUCAGAAUUGCCAUGUCCCAGGUGACCACAGUGGCCACGAGGAAGGCAAGCCUCCUGCCGCUCCACCUGCUCCGGAGGAGCAGCGUCCGGCCGGGAUUUGUCAUCCCCAAAGUCCGUGUCAGCAAGGCUCCCCCACCCACCUUCCAGCCGGAAAAGGCGAGGAGGAGGAGCAGUGCAAAGGAGGACCCCUAUCUGCAGAUUCCCAAAUGGAGAUACAAGGAGCUAAAAGAGGAGCGGAGGAAGGCAGAGGAACUGGAGAAGAAUAGAGCAUCAGAGACUCAAAAGCCCAGGCCGGUGUCUCCUGCCCAGAGCAGGACCUGAUUUGAAGGUAGUUGCUGAGAAGGUUCUUGAGCUGCUAGUCUUGUUAUCCUAGCAAGAUAACACACUGAAUGCCUUUGUGCAUGUCCACUGCUCAUGGAGCUGAGUGAUGGCCUUCAAGGAGCAGAAAUACAGCAGAAAUACAGCAAGGGCUAUGCCACAGCAAAUCUGAUGGUGAGCAGGAAGGUAUUUUGAGCUGGAAGACUUACUAGUUUACUGGUCUGCUGUUGACAGGACGUUCUAAGUGGUGCAGUCCUCUUGCGAAUUCCUGUUUUACCAGCUCCUGGUGAAUGACUGUGAAACAGCUUGAAAAACGUGCUUGAAAGGAUUGUAUUUUGUGUUUGUUCAUUUUGUAAUGGACAAAUUAAGGAGCUGUGUUUUUGAAACUAGACAUUCCUCCCUCUUCUUCCUUAGGUAGACAUAUUGCAAAGGUUUAUAGUAAAAAUUAAAAGUUUAGAAUUUACCACAGUAUUGGUUGGCAGUGAAAAUCCAGGUCUACAGUUGUUUUGGAGAUACUAAGCACUUUAUUUCUAUUCCAGUAAACAAAUUUCAAGUACACGUCUAUACAGUCUGUAUGGAUGCAGUUCUUAAUGCUAUUCUUUGCUCUGUUGAACCUAAAAAGGGCUUAAUAUGAAAUAUCUGUGCAGUUAAAGUAUUCAUGUCUUCUGCAAGUAUAAAUCAGGUGCAGGGACUGAUUUCUUUGAAGAAAUAUAGAAGAUGAGACAAUUUUUGAUUGCCACCAUCACCUAAGAUU